AUGGAAGACGCCGCUGCGCGCGCGCGCCACGAGGCCACCAAGGCAAAGCUCGAGGCGCAAUUUCCGAUACCAAAGUGGUACGACAUCUCACUGCCGCAUGUCGCACCGCCGUCCGAGCGACCGCCCGCGCUGCCGAUGGCCACGUCCCACCUCCAUGCAAACCACCGCCAGCACACGGCCAACGACGCGUUGCGAUCGCCGGCGCGCCUGCAUCGGCGCAAGAUCCAGACGGCGGCAGCAAGUCCGCCCAAGAAGCCUCGUCUCGCACCGCCGCUGUUGCAACAGACCGAAGCCUUUGGGCUCUGCCCUCCAGACGUCCUCUUGAGCUCGUACGACAUGGAGGCGAUGCUGCGCGCGCCGCCCGUUGUCGACGACCGCUGGGCGCCACUUGUCGAGCCGCAACCCAAACCAUCCAGAAAGCGAAGCUCGGUCACCCGCCAGGCGCUGGCCAAGUCCGGAUCGUCCUUUCUGGGCAACCAUGGCUCGAUUCUGGAACGGCAUCGGUCGUCGCAUGUGUGGUCCCACGUCUCGCGCUCGAUUGACGAGAUCUACCAGGACACAGCAGCACUCGUCGCAUCGCCCCACUCGUCCAGCCCCGACCCCCACGACACCAUUGCGCUCGACGAAGCCGAAGGCGACGUCGACGACUCUCUGUCCGACGACAAGAUGGUCGCCACGCCCCACGAGGCCGAGCCCUCCAACAACCUCACAACGACGACGGCGAUGCCAACGAGGCCGACGACCCGACGCCCGGCCACGGAGCUCGACUCGGACCGCCGCAUUGGCACGCCGGGUCUGCGUCGGCGCGAGAGCAUCCGCAAGCUCGUGCACUUUGCCGACGGCCAUUUGCGCAAGAAGAUAUUUCGCGGCUGGUCAACGAUCGAGUUUGCCUUUUCCGGCGGCGACCUCACCCAAGUUCAAGUCGAGAAGGUGCUGACGAGCCACAACAUUUGCGUGACGCGCCUCGACCUCGAGCGCGUGCACGCGACGAUCGACGCGGUGUUUGCCAAGUCGUUUCGAACCAACCGAUCGACGAUCUCGGUCGACAUGCCCGAAGAAGCGACACCGCACCUCGACGUGCCCGACGAGCCGAGGGGCGCCGCGGUCGAGGAGCUUAACAACAACGAUUGCGACACGCCCAUCGCCACCGACGCGUCCAUGACGACCGACGCGUCCAUCGCCACCGACACGUCCAUUACGACCGAUGCAGUCCAUGUGCACGUCAAGGAUGCCAACAGCAUCAGUAGUGGCGUGCCACACACCGUGUCGUACGAGCUCAUGAUGGACCUCUUCUACCCGCACGACGAAGCCGAAGCGGCGCAGUGGCUCUUCGAAAUGGAGCUCGAGCGCCAGGCGCAGCUCCAGGAAGAAGACAUGCGCAAGCAAAAGCUGCUCGAGCUCGAGACCAAAAUCAAGCGGCGUCUCGCCGAGUCGGCACAGGACAUGUGGCGCGUCAUCAAGAUGUUUGAUUACAUGCACACGUACUGGCCAUCCCAAGCCGUGGCCGAGGCCACGACGCAGCGCUUCCAUGACCUCCUCUUUGAAACGACGAAGCGCAAGAAGCACACGUUGCAGUGGGACGCGGCCACCGAGAGUGCCGCAGUCGUCCCGCAUGCGUCACCCGACGAGCCAUCCAACGACGACAGCGAGACGGUGACGUUGUCGUCGUCGUCACUCGUGACAAAGCACUCGAUCGGCCACGUGUUCAAAGCGCUCCUCCAAUGCUUUGCGCGCAACAAAUGCCUCGAGGACCUGGAGCUCGACCAAGCCGCGCACGUCUUCCACGAUAUUGCAGCCACGGUGCUUCAGAAAGGCGCCGUGCGCUUCCUCGAGCGGCGGGCUAUCUUCGACUGCCCCGAACGCCAAGCGUUCCUUGCCUACAAGCUGACGAAGCGCGUCUUUCGCACGUGGCGGGCCAACGUCCUUGAAUGCAUUGGCCGUCGGCGCCUCCUUCUUCGCAAGUUUGUCGCGUGGAAGUACCUCAUGACGUGUAGCAAGUGGUACCGCGAGCUCUUCCGGCUCUGCUUUUGGCCGCUCCACGUCUGGAAACGCUGGACGCAGUUUGUGAUUAUCUCGCGCGCCAAAGCGAUAUUUUUGAAAAACGUGUUUCACGAGUACUAUCUGCUCCGCCACACGCGCGCAUGGCAUCGAUUCGCUCUCAAGAAGCGCGCUCUGUACGCCGAGCUCGCGACGCGCAAGCAGCGCCGGGCCCUCGCGACGCUGCGAAGCAUUGUCGACGUGUGGCGGCCAUGGGCGGCCUACGGCCAGCGUGUGCGCAAGAUUUGGCGCAAGAACGGCCUCACGCUGCACCUGCACACCAAGUUUUACACGACGAAACUCGCACUGUACCUCUGGAGGUACUUUACGAUGCUGCACCGGGACAUGCGCCGCCGGCAGUACGUGUGUCUGCAUGGCAUGCUGCAGCGCCAUCGACGAAAGGAGACGUUGACCGAUGGUGUCGAGAACGACGCGGUGCCGCUCACCCGCAUCAUGGACUCGCCGAUGGGCCAUAAGAUCAAGCACAAGACGCGUCUCCACGACCUCUGCAUCACCACGUACAUCAAGUACCGCAAAAAAGACCGGCUCAACACCCUCGCCAAGGCGCUCGUCUUUCAGCGCAUUGGCCCGAUCGUCUUUCGCAUCCUCUGGCUCUACAAGGAGAAGAAGAAGCGCAGCCGCCUCGUCUCCAUGUUUGGCGUCUUCAACGUCGUACGCCACCGCUUCCUCUGCUGGCUGCGCUUUGCCAUGAUCAAGAAACAACACGUCGGAUUGUUGAGGUUUCCAUUGGUGCUGCCGGACGAGCCGUCGUCACGGACGGUCGGGCGCGCGCUGCAGUGGCGCCAAGACAAGGAGUGGCGCGACCAAGGGCUGCAGGAAGCUGCGUGUGAAGCCAUGGCCCUCCGCGACGCCAUCGAGGCGCUCCGUGUAGCGAGAGAAGCGAGCCAUGCUCGGUUCCUCCGCCGCGAAGACGAGAUCCGCGAUAUCAAGCUCGCCGAACAAGGCAUCCAGGACGACGAGCAAGGGAAGACGCUCCAAAUGACGUCGCAGCUGCACCACUACGCCAACCAAAUCAUCCAUACACGCGUGCGCAAGCUGUACGAAGUCAUUUGCCGCGCGUUCGACAUCUUUGAAGACCAAGCGCGCGAGCACCUACUCAAGUCGACGUUCCGCGCGCUACGGUUGCCCGCGAUGUCCAAGAAGAUGACACUGCUCUGUCAUCGAUGCCAAUUGCGCAACUGGAUCCGAUUGGCCAAGCGGUAG